AUGAACCAUCAUCCCGGAGCCUGGGGUCAACCCCUCCCCGCCCACGCCCAGUUUGACAUGUUCAACCCAGGUCAAAGCUAUAGACAAGCGCCAAAGGCAGCACCGAUCACCCAUACCCAACAACCCCUUGUGACCGGUACUUCGGUUCUCGGUAUCAAGUAUGAAGGAGGUGUCAUGCUCGCAGCCGACAACUUGGCUUCCUAUGGCUCUCUCGCACGAUUCAGGGACAUCCAGCGUUUACAUCCUCUCGGCAAGCAGACUGUUAUCGCUGCGUCAGGAGACAUGUCGGACUUCCAGUGGCUGAAGAAGGAGCUGGACUCGAUAUUACGCGAGGAGAACGGCCUCUCUCUCACCGACUCUCACCCCUCCCUCUCCCCUCAGCACAUAUACGAUUUCCUCGCCAACCUCUUCUACGCUCGGCGGAGCAAGAUGAACCCCCUUUGGAACGCCAUGCUGGUUGGUGGCUGGGACAACAAGAAGAACGAGAGCUUCCUCGGCUUUGUCGAUCUGCUCGGUACCACCUACUCUGCACCGACCCUCGCAACGGGUUACGGUGCGCACAUUGCUACUCCUUUGCUGCGCGAGGCGUAUGAGGACAAGGCGGGCAUCGACGGCAAAGGGCCGCUUUUGACCGCUGAGGAGGCGGAGAAGGUAUUGGCGGACUGUAUGAAGGUGCUCUUCUACCGUGACGCGCGAAGUAUCAACAAGUACCAAACGGCCACCGUCACUUCAGAAGGUGUGAAAAUCUCCGAUUCGAAGAGCGUCGAGACAGAAUGGGGAUUUGCAGAAAGCCUGAGGGGUUAUGGUGCCCAGAACCAGUAA